AUGACUUCUCAAGCAAAACCAGUACUAGGAUGGAUAGGGCUGGGCUCCAUGGGCCUAAACAUGGCCAAGAACCUUCAAAAGCAUCUAAGUGCAUCAGGCGGUCCAGCUUUGAACUUUACCAAUCGCACGCUAUCUCGAGGAGUGCCUUUGGUAGAGCUUGGAGGCGUCCCCUGCGCCACAAUUACGGACGUUGUCUCGAAGUCUGAUAUUAUCUUCUCUUCUGGAAGGUCUGGCAAUUUGAACGGCAAGAUCAUGGUUGAUACUUCAACAGUGCAUCCAGACACAACGGUUCGGGUAUCGAAGAAGGUGACUGAAGCUGGAGCUACAUUUGUAUCGGCUCCUGUUUCCGGCGCCUCGCCCGUUGCAGAAGCAGGGAAGUUACUGUUCAUCGUGGCGGGGCCGACAGAAGCUACUGAGGCUAUAGCUCCAUACCUGAAAGGUGUGAUGGGCAGAGAAGUAAUCAAUCUCGGGGAGGAUGUCUCUAAGUCAAGUUUGAUGAAAACUGCGGGGUACCAUGACCUAAAAAACAAGGGAACGGGCAAGGCUGACUUGGUUAGGAAUCUCCUGACAGCAUCUAUGAUGGAGAUGAUUGCCGAAGCGCACGUCUUUGCUGAAAAGACCGGACUGGGGACCGAGGCAAUGGAAAAGUUCAUCGAGGAGAAUUUCGGGCCGCUAGCCGGGACAAUCUCGAAACGCAUGACGACCGGUGCAUACGAGCCCCCCAGAGGUGGCACGCCACUGUCCGACUUGAACCUGGCACUCAAGGACGUUAGCCACGGCAUCACUUGUGCAGAGAAUGCAGGCACCAGAUUGAAGAUUGCUGAAGUCGCGUUGGGGCAUCUGAAGGAAGCGAGGGAAUUCUCGAAGAACCAAGGGGGAAGGCCCAUGGACUCGUCCUCGAUGUAUGGGGUGAUCCGGCGAGAUGCCGGACUUGAAUUUGAGACGGAUUUGGUAAAGAAGAGGGAUGCUUGA